GCUUAAGUCUGGCCAUCUGUCAUCUGCGUUGCUUCCUGGGGAGAGAAAGUCCACUCCAGCGCUCCAGAGACUGAUGUCAGCUGCACACGGAGGGGGGACUCACUUCUGCCCCCAGGCUGGAGGAGGAAGAGCUGCCACUGUGGAGGGGGGCACUGGACAUGUCUGAGGCACCGUCCUGCCCGGACAGUGAGACCCCUGCCCCAGACUGCAGGCUGGGGGCCCUGUACUGGGCCUGUGUGCGCAACGACUCUGCCCAGCUUCAAGCUGUGCUGGAGGACGGGGUCUCCCCUAAGGAGGCCACCCAGGUGGACGGCAAUGGGAGGACAGGCCUCAUGGUUGCAAGCUACCGCGGCUUCGGGAGCAUCGUGGCCCUACUCAGCCGCUGUCCGUUCCUGGAUGUGAACCAACAGGACAAAGAAGGCGACACAGCCCUCAUGCUGGCUGCCCAAGCAGGCCACGUGCCUUUGGUGAGUCUCCUGCUCAACUACUACUCGGGCCUGGACUUGGAGCGCCGAGACCAGCGGGGGCUGACAGCGCUGAUGAAGGCCGCAGUCCGGGACCGCUCUGAAUGCGUGGCGGCCCUCCUCAUGGCAGGUGCUGACCUGACAGCAGUGGAUCCUGUUCGGGGCAAGACGGCCCUGGAGUGGGCGGUGCUGACCGACAGCUUCGACACCGUGCGAAGGAUCCGGCAGCUGCGGCGGCGGCCCCAAGCGGAGCAGCUCAGCCAGCACUACCAACCGGAGUGGCCAGCCCUGCCCGGGCUCGUGGCCCAGGCCCAGUCUCAGGUUGCCCCAUCUCUGCUGGAGAGAUUACAGGCCACCUUGAGCCUCCCCUUUGCCCAGUCUCCUCAGGAGGGGGGUGUCCUGGACCACCUUGUGACCAUCACGACCAGCCUAGCCAGUCCCUUCCUCACCACUGCCUGCCACACUCUGUGCCCUGACCGCCCACCUGCACUUGGGACCCGAAGCAAGUCUGUGCCAGAGCUGCUAGGCACUGCUCCCCCACCUCCCCCAGCCCCCCAGCCUCCACAGGUGGUCCCUGGCCCCCGGGGCCUCGUCCCUUACCAGAGCCCUCAAGCCCAGGGACAGUGCCAGCCCCAAGCCCCCAGUCCCCCAGAUCCUCCUCUCCAAGGCACCCUCAUCUCCCAGCCGGCGGGAGCCAGAGCCCAGGCCUGCAGGGCAUCGCAGGCUGGCCCCUCCUGUCUGGCGAUACCAGGAGCUCCGGAUGCAGAGGAGGAGUCAGGAGAAGGAGGCCAGGUGUGCACAGAGCCAGGGGAAGACGGGCUAGGCCAGACUGGGAGCAGGGAGUCAGCCCCCUCCCACAGGCGCCCUGCCCUGUGGAGCCCCUCCUGCCUUCAUCCGAUGCACAAGGUCAUUCAUAUGACACUGUUUGCAGCAUAAGAGUGGAAACAGCCUAUGUGUCUACAGGGGACUGGCUAAAUGAUUUGGUGUCAUUACUGUACACCCAUGUGAUAAAACAGGAGCAAGGCAGCUCUUUAUGCUCUGAUAUGAAACUAUCUUCCAGAGGUUUGAGUGAAAAAUAGCCAAGUGGUAGAACAGUGCAUAUGGCAUGCUACUAUUUGUCAAAUUUGCACAGAGCUAAACUUGACUAGUACAAAUAUAAAGUAAGUACCAAGAUUUAUUUAACUAGUUAAUGAGUGAACCAGCAGAAUGGAUCAAAGGAAGAAAUGAAAACCAUUAUUGACAGUCAGUGGAAAAAAAGAAUGCUGGAAUAAGGUUGCAAAGUUGAUACAAAAGGUUAAUUCCCGCCUUGCAAUAAAAUCGUAACUGGGUUUUUUUCCCUCAACCAGACAAAAAUGAUUUGCUAUUUUUCAAUCUUCUACAGGUUAACCCUCUUCAUUUUACAGAGGCUGGGCCCCCAUCACUAGGAAAUUGUAUGUCAAACCAAGUGACUUCCCCUAGACGACCCAUAGGUGGGGUGAUUAGCCAAUGGUGUAAAA